AUGCCCUUCGGAAUCAACAAUCCACUGCCCUCUUCCAUGAGGAGCGAGUGUAAAAAGGCGGGCAAGAUUUUGGCUUCUUUCGUUGAUCCACGACAAAGCUUUGGACCGGAUAAAGUCAUUCCUCCUCAAAUUCUGAGCAACGCCAAGGGUUUGGCCGUCCUCACAGUCUUCAAAGCUGGCUUCCUUGGAUCCGGCCGUGUUGGUUCUGGCAUCGUUGUCGCGAGACUUGCUGACGGCUCCUGGUCCGCUCCCUCCGCAAUUGCGACGGCCGGUGGUGGUUUCGGUGGUCAGAUCGGCUUUGAACUCACUGAUUUCGUCUUCAUCCUCAACGACUAUGCCGCCGUCCGUGCCUUUUCUCAGGCUGCUUCUGUCACACUUGGUGGCAACGUCAGUAUAGCAGCCGGCCCCGUUGGCCGCAACGCCGAGGCCGCCGGUGCGGCCAGUCUCAAGGGUGUUGCUGGUGUCUUCUCCUACAGCAAGACAAAAGGUUUAUUUGCUGGCGUCAGUCUGGAAGGAAGCAUCAUUAUCGAACGAAGAGACGCCAAUGAAAAAUUGUACAACGGUCGUGUCACAGCUCGUCAAUUAUUAGAAGGCGCCCUCGCCCCACCACCUGCAGCAGAACCCCUGAUGAGAGUUCUCAAUACCAGAGUCUUUUCCGGAUCGUCUUUCAACGACAACAUGUACAACGACAUUCCAGUGUAUGAUGAUCAACACGAUGCCAUGGUUUGGGAAGGACGAAGUGGGGAUGCGUACGGCGCCAAUACUCGUGUCAAUCGAUCCUCAACCAUGAAUUCCAGAGACGAUGAAUAUGAGUAUCGUGACAACCCACGACGAGCCAACACCUGGGCCGAUGAUGUUUACGAUCGAGUUCCCGCCGGUGGCCGAGCGGAUCCUAACGAAACUUUUGAUAACAUGGGCAACCGAAAUCGUUCGAGUACCCUCCAAAGUAACUACUCGGGCAUGUCAAACAAACCUGGUCGGCCGACAGCUCCCAAACCUAUCUUCAAGCAAAAGACGGGGAUAGCUGAUAUACGAUCAGAUCAAGCGGUGGCUUUGUUCACUUUUGAUGCGGAUCAAGAAGGAGAUCUGGGGUUCAAAAAGGGAGACGUCAUCACCAUCACCAAGAGAACAGAGAACAAGUCAGAUUGGUGGACAGGCCGGACAGAAGAUGGGCGGACGGGUAUUUUCCCCUCCAACUAUGUCGAAACCGCUUCGUGA